AUGUCUUCAAUCAAGCAAGUGCAGGACCUACAGAGCCAGCUGGCGGAAGCGAAGCAUCAAAUCUCGCAACUGCGCUCCAUGCUGCACCAUGGAGGCGCAAUGGACAUUGACAAGCAACGGGUGGACGUUCCGACGUUGAAUCUGCCCGACAUAGUUCCUAGCUCAGAACGAAAGCACGGCCCUCCCUCACUGGGAAACUUCGACCACGUGCGGAAGAACAUUCGCAUUUACAGCCGUGGUAUUUUUAAGGCACCGCCUCCGUACCGGCACAAUGCUCCUCAGCCGUCUUAUCCAUCGGCAAACUUGGCGCUACCGCCUAGGCACAUUACGGAUCAAUUAUUGGCUCAGUACUAUGGAUCUACGCACGCUUGGGCACCGCUGAUUCACUGGCCUACCUUCGGGGCUGAAGUUGAAGAAAUUUAUUCGGCUGGAUCGUUUCAAGGGGCACCGCAAAUCUGGGUGGCUGUAUUCUUUGCGGUUUUGGCCUGUGGUACUCUUCAGACGACCGAUUCGUCGCCUGGGGCGUUGACGCCAGACGGGGAAGGAAAAACAUUCAUGGAGAUCGCAUCGCGCAGUAUCAAUACCUGGUCGGACGAUAUGACGAUUGAUCACGCUCGGACUACUUUGCUCGUCAGUAUUUUCCUCACGGAAAUCAACCUCAAGUCAGCUGGGCUCCUCUCGCUUGAGGUUGGCAGACCGGUCCUUAUUGACGACGAGGAUUGCGAGGUGCCCUGGCCGGCAGCGGUUGAUGACAACUACAUCCAACCACACGGAAUCUCGCGGCCUUCGCCAGGACGGCCAAUGAUGGUCACGCUCCAUAAUACUAUCCCGGUCCUGCGCUUCAUAGGUCAACUAAAGAAGACGCUGAAAGCGAGGGCGAUCGCGCCUGCCACAUUACAGACGUAUGAGGACUACUUUCGGGCCAUCAUGUCUUCCUUCCCCGAGACAUACCAGCUCGCGCCCGACAGCUACGUGGACCCAAGCGUCCUAAUGUCAGUCCUCGUGUUGCCAUUCGCGCGCUUCCAUUUGGCCAGGCAUAACCUGUCAUCCGCGUGCCACCCCGCGGAGCGCGUAGACGCACUCAACCGCUGCCUUGUAGUCGCACAGGACACAGCCAAAUAUAUUUCACGCAGCAUGCUGUCGCCGCCGGCCUUCCACGACGCGGCGGGCGAGCCGAGCUUCCGUGGCGACAGCUGGCAGACACGCAUCCUGGCGACCGCGAAGCACAUGCUGUGCACCCAUCUUUGGCGCUGCACACUGGUCCUGUGCUUCCGUGCAGACUACGUUUCGGCGCUGACAUGCGUGCGCGCCAGCGCGGCCAUUGGGUCGUUGAGAAAAGUCAACACUGCGUGCGGACGGAACCUGGCGUUUUUCCUGGACCGGCUCACAGAGCGCAUACAGAGCGGAAGCGGGUCGCAGAGCAUGCUAGAGGUGGAUGAGGAGAUGCUGGCCUACGUGAGUGGCGACUUGCAAGGGUCGACGGAGAACAGCUGGGUCUGGGUGGGCAGCGACACGGGCAUCAAGCUCAACACGCCGACAUCAACUCAGCCGCCGAACUCUUUGAACGCGGCAGUCGCCAAGGAUGCGGCCCAAUCACGCAAGGCUUCGGGCGGCAGCAGCGAGAACGGCGAGCCAAUGCAAGAAGACGACGAACGGUAUCCGGCGCCUCGGAUGAACUCGAUGCUCACAGAUAAGGAAUCGCGCGAGUGGGGCGGUUGGGAGCGCGUCGAGCGGCAAAUCGCGGCACUUCUUGAAGAGCAGCGGUCCAGACACCAUGCGCAGGCGCACGCGCAAAUGCAGCAGCCGGCCUUCUACCAGCCCAGCCCGCACAACGCGGGCAAGAGGGUCCAGUUGGCUUCGGAUGCCGGCAGCUUGCCACCGCCAGGGGCAGAGGGAGGCGGUGGUGCGCCGCCAGGAAGUUCGGGUAGUUCGGCAAGCGCGGGCGGAACGAGCAGAAUCAGCAUUGCGAACAUCAUUUAG